ACUCCAUUUUGUUUUCUCACGACUCUCACGAAGAAUAGUUUUUUCGCUACAGAAAUUUGUAUUUUAAAAGAAUUGGACGAGCGCAUCGUCGAAUUUAAGUGCUUUAAAAAAAAUUUCAAAUCAUGGGUCGCAAAAAGAAGAAGGCCUCCAAACCCUGGUGCUGGUACUGCAACCGUGAGUUCGACGAUGAAAAGAUCCUGGUGCAACAUCAAAAGGCCAAGCAUUUUAAGUGCCACAUAUGCCACAAAAAGCUGUAUACGGGUCCUGGUUUGUCCAUCCACUGUAUGCAAGUGCAUAAGGAGACGGUCGACAAGGUUCCCAACUCGUUGCCCAAUCGCUCAAACAUUGAAAUUGAAAUAUUUGGCAUGGAUGGAAUACCAGUUGAGGACCUCAGGGAUCACGAGAAGCAGAAGAAUGGCGGAAAAUCUGAUUCCGACGAUGACGAGCCAGUGGCAAAGAAGAAAGUUGAAUAUUCCAUGAGCGUACCGCCUCCCAUGAUGAUGCCGCCGAAUAUGAUGCCCCCUCAUAUGCUGGGGCAAUAUGGCAUGGGAAUGAUGACACAUAUGCCGCCGUUGCCUCCUUACCCGGUACCCAUGAUGCCUCACAUGAUGCCGCCGCGUCCUCUGUUUCCAGCUGCGAUGGCGACUACCUCAGCAGCGGCUGCAGCGGCAGCGGCGCAUCAUCACGCUGCCGCCAUGGCCCAGCAGAAGCCAACGUUUCCAGCUUACAGUAAUGCUACCAUAAGUGCUCCACCCACCACCAAUCAUGCUGGUGGCGCAUCAAGCGCACCACCAAGUGGCCCGCCCGAUGCACAACAGCAACAGAGCCGUCCGCCAGUUCCAAAUGCCACAUCAGGGGGCGGACCAGCGGCCGCUGUUAGCACAAAGAUUAUGCAUCCGCCGGAGGAUUCAAGUCUGGAAGAGUUACGUGCCCGCCAGCCCAAAUAUCAGGCGCGUCUCGCUAUUGCACUGGCCGCAGUCGCGAAUCUACACAGCAGAAAGAGCCCAAGCAAUAAUGGGUCCUCAUCAUCGAUGCCCGUCACACCGCCGCCUCCAUCGCUGGCUGGAAUUUCACCCACAGGCAGCAGUAGCAACAGCAGCCAUGCCGCCGCAAAUGCGAUUGCUGUCUCCACAGCCAUCUCAAAGGCCCAGGAAACCGCCGCAUUUGUGGCCGUGGCACAGGCUCAGGUCCAGGCGCAGGCUCAGGCCCAGGCACAGGCUCAGGCUCAAGCCCAGGCUCAGGCGCAUGUACAAGCGGCCCAGGCCCAAGCUCAAGCAGUGGUCCAAGCUCAGGUGCAGGCAGCUCACGUUGCCCAGGCUGUGGCUGCCCAGCAGCAGGCGGUACAACAGCAUCACCAGCAGCAGCAGCAGCAGGCGGUACAACAGCAUGCGCAACAGCAAGCCCAGCAGCAGCAUCAGCAGCAGGUACAACAGCAACAGGACCAUAUCAAUCGGGCUGUGAUGCUUCAGCGUUUACAGGCUGUGCGGCAGCCGGGCAAUCCGGGCGCUGCUGCAGCAGCUGCGGCCGCCGCGGCUUGUGGCAUGAUGCCGUUGCCGGGGCACAUGCAGCUGAUGCAACCUAUGCUGAGACCGGCCAUGGCCAUUGGACCACAUGGAGCCCUGAUCGGUGGGAAUAUGUUGAGAGCUGCUGCGGGCCCGGGUCUGCACGGCAUGCCGGCAGGCCUUAUGCCAAUGCAGGCAAUUGGAUUGCCCGGAUUCAAUGGAGCACUGCCUGCGGGGGCCAUGCAUAUGCCUGGCAUGGGCGUAAUGCUGCAGGGUCAUCCGAAUAUGCUGCAGAUGAUGCAGCCGCGAUUCAGAUGAUGUCUGCCCGCAGCGCCGGGUCUGUUGCAGGCUCCAGCAACCCAGCCGCAACCGCAAUUGCAAGCGCAACCGCAGCCACAUCCUCAGCAUCUGCAUGCGCAGCAUCCUCGGCCAUAUCCCCGGCCAGCGACAACAUUGCAUCACCAGCCGCCAUUGUUGAGCCUACCGCUGCCGUUACUGUUCCACGAAUGAUGCGGAGCGCAUGAUGGCCAGCCAUCAA